CCCCAGUCAUGCCAGCUCUGCUGUUCGCCAUGCAUUUGCCACCCUCUUUGGAAUAUACUUUGCUGUCUUCUGCUUUGGGUGGUAUUCCAUUCAUCUUUUUGUCCUGGUGAUGAUGAACUAUGGUAUUAUGAAUAUGGCGAGUAUUCCCAACAUCCACAGGUACUCCUUUGUCGUAGCUAUGGGAUACCUCACGUUGUGCCACAUAAGCCGAAUAUACAUAUUUCAUUAUGGUAUUCUCACUACAGAUUUUUCCGGCCCGCUGAUGAUAAUUACACAGAAGAUCACAACACUUGCAUGCCAGUUGCAUGAUGGAAUAGGGCGACAAGCUGAGGAACUCACUGCUGAGCAAAAUCGCCUUGCUGUAAAGACAAGACCUUCUUUACUGGAGUAUUUAAGCUAUCUCCUCAACUUUAUGAGCAUCAUAGCUGGGCCUUGCAGCAAUUACAAGGAUUAUAUAGCCUUCAUUGAAGGGAGGCACGUGCACAUGAAACUGUUAGAAGUGAACUGGAAGCAGAAGGGUUAUGACAGACUUCCUGAUCCUUCUCCAACUGGAGCAGUGAUGUACAAGCUGUGUAUCACACUACUAUCUCUCAUUUUAUUCUUGACACUUACCAAGAACUUUCCUAUGGCAUAUAUUAUUGAUAAUGAAUUUCUUGAUAAAACACCCUUCUUGUCAAGACUUGGUUACCUGUACGUUGUCACACAGGCAGCAAAACCAAAGUAUUACUUUGCAUGGACGUUAGCAGAUGCAGUCAACAAUGCAGCUGGUUAUGGAUUCAGCGGGGUUGAUGAGAGGGGCACUUUCCGUUGGGACCUGUUGUCCAAUUUGAAUAUCUGGAACAUUGAGACUGCAACAAGUUUUAAAAUGUACAUUGAAAACUGGAACAUUCAGACAGCUGCCUGGCUAAAACGCGUUUGCUAUGACAGAGCUCCCUGGUACCCUACAGCUUUAACAUUUAUCCUGUCGGCCCUGUGGCAUGGUAUCUAUCCUGGAUAUUAUUUUACGUUUCUCACUGGAAUCCUUAUGACACUCGCAGCCAGAGCGAUAAGAAACAAUUGCAGACAUUACUUCCUCUCAUCAGUGCCUCUCAAGAUAGCCUACGACAUUGUUACCUGGGUUGUCACUCAGCUGGCCGUGUGCUAUACUGUCGCACCGUUUGUUAUGCUGGCUGUUGAGCCCACGAUUAAGUUUUACAAGUAA